GCCACCUCGGCUCGCCCCGGCAGGCAGCGGCGACGGGUCCCUUAGAGAGAAAUUGAGAAGACAUCUAGCAGGUGCUGUUAACACUGAUGAGAGAUCUUGUAUGCCAAGCCUGUCAGUAUUUGAACAGACCACAUCAUGCGUGAGUACAAGCUAGUGGUCCUUGGCUCAGGUGGCGUGGGGAAAUCUGCUUUGACUGUUCAGUUUGUUCAGGGAAUUUUUGUUGAAAAGUAUGACCCUACAAUAGAAGACUCUUACAGAAAGCAAGUGGAAGUAGACUGUCAACAAUGUAUGCUUGAAAUCCUCGAUACAGCAGGGACAGAGCAAUUUACAGCAAUGAGGGAUCUCUAUAUGAAGAAUGGUCAGGGGUUUGCACUAGUAUAUUCUAUUACAGCACAGUCCACGUUCAAUGAUUUACAGGACCUGAGGGAACAGAUCUUACGGGUCAAAGACACUGAAGAUGUUCCGAUGAUUCUGGUUGGCAAUAAAUGUGACCUGGAAGAUGAGCGUGUAGUUGGCAAAGAACAGGGACAGAACUUAGCAAGACAGUGGUGUAACUGUGCCUUUCUAGAGUCGUCUGCAAAGUCUAAAAUCAAUGUUAAUGAGAUCUUUUAUGAUCUCGUCAGACAAAUAAAUAGAAAAACACCAGUGGAAAAGAAGAAGCCUAAAAAGAAAUCAUGUCUGCUGCUCUAGACCCACAGCAUGCAGCAGAUCUGAGCCAGGAUUGCAGGAAUGAAGAACUGUUGCCUAAUUUGGAAAGUGCCAGCAUUCCAGACUUCAAAUGACUACACCACCAAUUAACAGUGUAUCCGAAGAGCUUCUCCUGUUUUUAUAUAUUAUGUGAAGAAUUUCGAUCUUAUAAUGGUUUGCACAAAGGUCCCUGGGAAAAAAGGAAAAGAAAAUUGGUCUGUGUAUAUCUCUUGGAAAUUAAAGACAAUAGCCCUCCUCCUUUGCAAUAGCAGUUAACAGAUGUGAUAAAUAUAAUUGACUCUAGUUGUAUGAUUAUACAAAGAGCAUGGAUGCAUUUCAGAUGUUAGAUAUUGCUACUAUAAUUUCAUAAUGACCUCUUACCAUAAUUCUUCUCCCAUCAAGCACUAAAAAGGUCAAUGAAUACUUUAUAUCUAUCGUGAUAGAUAUAACAAUACAAAUUUUAUCUUUUGAACUCACUGCAGCAAAUAACUUUCCAAGUCAUUGACUUCAUUUUAUAUUUAAAAAGUUACAGAAUAUCAUUAUUUUCAUUCUGCCAUUAUAUUCUAAUUAAAAUUGUGCAUAAUGCUUUGAAAAAAUGGGUCUUUUAUAGGAAAAAACUGGGAUAACUGAUUUCUAUGGCUUUGAAAGCUAAAAUAUAUAAUAUACUAAACCAACUCUAAGAUUGCUUCUUGUGUUUUAUUGUCACAGAUUAAAUUACAGCUUUUAUGAAUGAUUAAAUUUUAGUACAUUU